AUUAGAGCGAUAAGAGAUUUACGUUUCUUACUUUAAAAUAUGGUAAAAGGACACAUUCCCUAGCGCACACAUUCGCGUGUAUCGUUAUCACGCGUGUCGCCAAAUUCACACACACGAACGAAUAAUCGGAGGCUUCAUCGCCGAAAUACACCCACACAUGCUCACGGAGCUACACCUAUAUGCCAAAUACGUUGCGGUAUCCGACGUUAACGUAAGAGGUAAUAUAAGAGGCGCAUCUUCGGGUUUGCACAUUUUAGUUUUAAAAGCCGGCCGUUGGAGAGCGGGUCAUGUUAGCGAAUUUUAGCGAAGUACAUGCUUGAUUGGCGCGGUUUAGGCUUAGCUUUGUGUUGUCGGGACUUUGUCACGCGGCAGCCGGCGCGAGCUCCUCGCAAGGCCUGAAGGGCCACCUCCCGUGCCAUGGGGCCGGGAACUUUAUUUUAUUUUUUGGCCGCACUGGCAUUUACACAAGCCAGUGAGGAUGUACCAAAGAAGCCAGUGAAAGAUGACUCAUUAGUAUUAGAAGAUGCGAGAGCAGCCCGGCAGUAUGGUCCUUGGCAGGGUCAACCGGGUCAACCGGACAACGAAGUAGUCGUAGACAUCGAAGAUGAAGAAAAGAAACAGUAUUAUGAAACCAACUAUGACACAAGCGCAUACGGUUUCGGUUACGACGUUGGCCCUAACGGACAGUUCCACCACGAGAACCGCGGUCCGGAUGGAGUCACGUACGGUUGCUAUGGUUACGUCGACCCCGAAGGCUACCUCCGCGCCACUCACUACGUUGCUGACAGCCACGGAUACAGAGUAGUGGAGCCAGAGAAGCCCGUCGAAGUGUUCCCAGAUGAAAAAUACGAGUACGAUGAAGCAACUGAUGGACAAGCAGUAGACACGAAACCAGGCCAAGUUAUUCCGUGGAAGAAGCUAUACUUCCCCAAAGGAUGUGGUCGUACACCUGGUGGUGUUCCAGCCAAGCCCCUACCUAAACCCACUCCGAAACCGAAACCACCACGCCCUGUAGACAGUACUGGCCAGGGUAGCAUUGUUAAGCCAGUUCAAACUGGACCCAAUGGACCUGGAGGAUCAUGGCAAGGCACCCCGGGCACUCCCGGAUCUCCUGGCACACCCGGCACACCCGGCACUCCUGGCUCUCCCGGUACUCCCGGCUCUCCUGGCUCGCCUGGCGGACCAGGUGGUCCAGGAGGCCCAGGUGGCCCGAACGGUCCCACGACUGGUGGAUACUACCCAGGACAACCAGGCAGCCCAGACAGCCCAGGUAGCCCCGGCAGCCCAGGAGGACCCGGAGGACCCGGAGGCCCAGGAGGCCCAGGGGGUCCAGGUGGACCUGGUAGUACAGAUUAUCCUAGCGGACCCUCAGGUGGAGUUUACCCCGGACAACCUGGCACGCCGGGCAGCCCCGGCAGCCCAGGAUCACCAGGCACUCCGGGAGGACCAGGAGGCCCAGGAGGACCAGGAGGUCCAGGUGGACCCGGUAGUAUAGAUUACCCGACUGGACCCUCAGGUGGACUUUACCCCGGACAACCUGGCACGCCCGGCAGCCCCGGCAGCCCAGGAUCACCAGGCACCCCGGGGGGACCAGGAGGUCCAGGAGGUCCUGGUGGCCCAGGAGGCCCAGGUGGACCUGGCAGCAUAGACUAUCCUAGCGGACCCUCAGGAGGAGUCUACCCCGGACAACCCGGCACCCCCGGUAGCCCAGGCAGUCCGGGAUCACCAGGAACACCAGGAGGACCGGGAGGACCAGGUGGCCCAGGUGGCCCAGGUGGACCUGGCAGUACAGAUUAUCCUAACGGACCCGCAGGAGGCGAACAGUAUCCAGGACAAGUUGGGACGCCCGGCAGCCCAGGCAGUCCAGGAUCACCUGGCAGCCCAGGAGGACCAGGAGGUCCAGGAGGCCCAGGAGGUCCUGGAGGCCCAGGAGGACCAAGUUACCCCGGAAAUCCGGGACUACCGUCCAGACCAGGACAACCAGGAUACCCAGGUCAACCCGGACAACCCGCUACACCAGGACAACCAGGAUACCCAGGACAGCCCGGCACAUCAGGACACCCAGGGCAGCCUGGAAAACCCGGUACACCAGGACAGCCAGGUUUACCUGGUGAACCAAGUCAGCCCGGGCAACCCGGCACGCCAGGAUACCCAGGACAGCCCGGACAACCAGGAUACCCAGGGCAGCCCGGACAACCAGGAUACCCAGGACAGCCCGGACAACCAGGAUACCCAGGACAGCCUGGACAACCAGGAUACCCAGGACAGCCCGGACAACCAGGAUACCCAGGACAGCCUGGACAACCAGGAUACCCAGGACAGCCUGGACAACCAGGAUACCCAGGACAGCCCGGACAACCAGGAUAUCCAGGACAGCCCGGACAACCAGGAUACCCAGGACAGCCCGCACAACCCGGUACGCCAGGUUAUCCAGGACAACCCGGUAAACCAGGACAGAUUGGGGAACCAGGUCAGCCCGGGCAACCUGGCACACCAGGAAAGCCCGGACAAUCUGGCACGCCAGGAAAGCCCGGACAACCAGGAUACCCAGGACAGCCCGGACAACCGGGAUACCCAGGACAGCCCGGGCACCCAGGAUACCCAGGACAGCCUGGACAACCAGGUUACCCCGGAGAACCAGGUCAACCAGGGUCCUCUGGACAGCCUGGGCAACCAGGCACACCAGGACAGCCAGGACAACCUGGAUACCCAGGACAGCCUGGACAGCCAGGAUACCCUGGACAGCCCGGACAACCAGGAAAGCCAGGACAGCCUGGACAGCCGGGAUACCCUGGCCAACCAGGAUACCCCGGACAGCCUGGACAAACGGGACAACCGAGUAAGCCAGUACAGCCCGGUCAACAAGGAGGACCCGGUGAGCCAGGAUACCCUGGACAACCAGGACAGCCAGGAUACCCGGGACAACCUGGACAGCCAGGAUACCCAGGACAGCCUGGACAACCCGGACACCCAGGAGAGCCUGGACAGCCAGGAUACCCAGGACAGCCUGGACAACCCGGACACCCAGGAGAGCCUGGACAGCCAGGAUACCCAGGACAGCCUGGACAGCCAGGAUACCCCGGACAACCCGGACACCCAGGACAACCCGGUCACCCAGGACAACCAGGACAGCCAGGAUACCCAGGACAGCCUGGACAACCCGGACACCCAGGAGAGCCUGGACAGCCAGGAUACCCAGGACAGCCUGGACAGCCAGGAUACCCCGGACAACCCGGACACCCAGGACAACCAGGACAACCAGGACAACCUGGUCACCCAGGACAACCAGGCAAACCAGGACAACCUGGACAGCCAGGACAGCCCGGCCAACCUGGAUAUCCAGGACAGCCCGGACAACCAGGCAAGCCAGGACAACCUGGUCAGCCAGGAUACCCCGGCCAACCAGGACAACCAGGCAAACCAGGACAACCUGGACAGCCAGGAUACCCCGGACAGCCAGGACAGCCUGGUCAACAAGGAGGCCCUGGUGAGCCAGGAUACCCCGGACAACCAGGUGAACCAGGCUACCCCGGACAACCCGGUUACCCAGGACAGCCCGGACAGCCAGGAUAUCCCGGACAACCUGGACAGCCAGGAUAUCCCGGACAACCAGGACAGCCAGGCCAACCAGGCAAACCAGGACAACCUGGAUACCCCGGACAGCCGGGAGAGCCCGGACAACCCGGUCAACAAGGAGGCCCCGGUGAGCCAGGAUACCCCGGACAACCAGGCCAACCAGGCUACCCAGGACAACCUGGACAGCCAGGACAAUCAGGACAGCAAGGCCUACCAGGCAAACCAGGGCAACCUGGACAGCCAGGCCAGCCAGGAUACCCUGGACAGCCUGGACAACCAGGAUACCCUGGACAGCCUGGACAACCAGGCUACCCAGGACAGCCAGGCAAGCCAGGACAGCCUGGAUCCCCCGGACAACAAGGACAACCCGGCUACCCAGGACAGCCCGGACAACCCGGCAAGCCAGGACAGCCUGGAUACCCCGGACAACCCGGCUACCCAGGACAGCCCGGACAACCCGGCAAGCCAGGACAACCCGGAUACCCAGGGCAACCAGGACAGCAAGGCCAACCAGGCAAACCAGGACAACCUGGAUACCCUGGACAGCCGGGACAACCAGGACAACCUGGACAGCCCGGUCAACAAGGAGGCCCCGGUGAGCCAGGUUACCCCGGACAGCCCGGGCAACCAGGCAAGCCAGGCCAGCCCGGACAACCAGGACAACCAGGACAACCCGGAUACCCAGGGCAACCAGGACAGCAAGGCCAACCAGGCAAACCAGGACAACCUGGAUACCCUGGACAGCCGGGACAACCAGGACAACCUGGACAGUCAGGAUACCCCGGACAACCAGGACAGCCAGGCCAACCAGGCACUCCAGGACAACCUGGAUACCCUGGACAGCCGGGACAACCAGGACAGCCAGGACAGCCCGGUCAACAAGGAGGCCCCGGUGAGCCAGGUUACCCCGGACAGCCCGGGCAACCAGGCAAGCCAGGCCAGCCCGGACAACCAGGACAACCCGGAUACCCAGGGCAACCAGGACAACAAGGCCAACCAGGCAAACCAGGACAACCUGGAUACCCUGGACAGCCGGGACAACCAGGACAACCUGGACAGCCAGGAUACCCCGGACAGCCAGGACAGCCCGGUCAACAAGGAGGCCCUGGUGAGCCAGGAUACCCAGGACAACCUGGACAACCAGGCAAACCAGGACAACCUGGACAACCAGGCAAACCAGGACAACCUGGACAGCCAGGAUAUCCCGGACAACCAGGACAGCCAGGCCAACCAGGCACACCAGGACAACCAGGAUAUCCCGGACAACCAGGACAGCCAGGAAAGCCCGGUCAACAAGGAGGCCCCGGUGAGCCAGGUUACCCCGGACAGCCUGGACAACCAGGCAAACCAGGACAACCAGGAUAUCCCGGACAACCAGGACAGCCAGGCCAACCAGGCACACCAGGACAACCUGGAUACCCUGGACAGCCCGGACAACCAGGACAACCCGGAUACCCAGGACAAUCAGGACAACCAGGCAAACCCGGACAACCUGGAUACCCUGGACAGCCGGGACAACCAGGACAACCUGGACAGCCAGGAUACCCCGGACAACCAGGACAGACCGGUCAACAAGGAGGCUCCGGUGAGCCAGGAUACCCUGGACAGCCCGGAGAACCAGGACACCCCGGAUACCCAGGACAAUCAGGACAACCAGGAAAACCCGGACAACCUGGAUACCCUGGACAGCCGGGACAACCAGGACAGCCAGGACAGCCCGGUCAACAAGGAGGCCCCGGUGAGCCAGGUUACCCCGGACAGCCCGGGCAACCAGGCAAGCCAGGCCAGCCCGGACAACCAGGACAACCCGGAUAUCCAGGGCAACCAGGACAGCAAGGCCAACCAGGCAAACCAGGACAACCUGGAUACCCUGGACAGCCGGGACUACCAGGACAGCCCGGUCAACAAGGAGGCCCCGGUGAGCCAGGUUACCCCGGACAGCCCGGGCAACCAGGCAAGCCAGGCCAGCCCGGACAACCAGGACAACCCGGAUACCCAGGGCAACCAGGACAGCAAGGCCAACCAGGCAAACCAGGACGACCUGGACAGCCAGGAUAUCCCGGACAACCAGGACAGCUAGGCCAACCAGGCAAACCAGGACAACCUGGAUACCCUGGACAGCCGGGACAACCAGGACAACCUGGACAGCCCGGUCAACAAGGAGGCCCCGGUGAGCCAGGAUACCCUGGACAGCCCGGAGAACCAGGACAACCCGGAUAUCCAGGACAAUCAGGACAACCAGGCAAACCCGGACAACCUGGAUACCCUGGACAGCCGGGACAACCAGGACAGCCCGGUCAACAAGGAGGCCCCGGUGAGCCAGGAUACCCUGCACAGCCCGGACAACCAGGACAACCAGGCAAACCAGGACAACCUGGACAGCCAGGAUAUCCCGGACAACCAGGAGAGCCAGGCCAACCAGGCAAACCAGGACAACCUGGAUACCCCGGACAGCCCGGACAACCAGGACAUCCAGGCAAACCAGGACAACCUGGACAGCCAGGAUACCCCGGACAACCAGGAAUGCCAGGACAACCUGGACAGCCUGGAUACCCCGGACAACCUGGAUACCCAGGACAGCCCGGACAACCAGGACAGCAAGGUCAACCAGGGUACCCAGGACAAUACCCAGAUUCUGAAGGCGCACCAACGGGCACUGGUGUGCAGCCGCCUGCGACUGUGCCAUCUGGACAAAUGCCACCGUUCCCUAUCUACGUUAUCCCGUAUCCACUACCCAUUGUUCCAAGCCCUGGAUCAUGUCCAUGCUAUCUACUUAACCCAGGACAAAACGGAACAACAACACAAGGUCAGGUUUCUCCGCCACCCAACUAUCAAAAUCAACCACAGUAUGCUCCUUACGGUAUUAUUGGGUUCGUCCCAGUAGUAUUCAUGCCAUACUGCCCAGGUAACGGCUCAACCAUGAAUAGCGCUCAACAGAACUUCCCCAAUGCAGUUCCGAUGCAAUACAACUGCGCUCAAUGCCAAGCCAACAGUGACAUUUACAGAUAUCUUGGCAGACAAAGCGGAGGACGUAGCACAGGUUUCAAAGAUCUCAAAGAAAUAAAAUCCCUCUCCGAAUUAGAGGACCUAUUAAGAAAUCAAAUCAAACCGUUAAAAAAGAGCGUUCGCACAAUAGGCGCUAACCCACGAAUACUAGACGAUCCGAAAACAGAGAACGAUAAGUCAGAAAAGAAAAAUGCCAAGAAAACUGAAAAAAACAAGCAGUAAUAAAAUGAUAAAAAUUUAUUAGUUUCGUUGUAAGCCUAGAAGUUUGUUGCACUUUUUCGGGUAAACAACUAACAAUUUUGAGACUGUCCGAUGGUAAAAUAAUAUUCUUGGACGAUCCCAAAAUUUAAUGAAUGACGUCGAAAAUAAUAUUUAUUUUUUAAAUUUGAGCGUCAUAGGAUAUAAUUUUAGAAAGGUAUUUAAUUUUAGUACGUAUAUAUUUUUAUUAUUUCACAAUACGCUUCUGAGCGGCUUCUGUAAUGUAUUUUUUUAUUGUAUGUUGCCAUUUAAAUUUUUACUGAAUUAUGCAGUUUCUCAUCUAUAAGAAAUGUAAAGAAAUAAUAAAGUAUAUUUUUGAAUAAUAUU